AUGUCAACAAAGCCCGUGAUCGCACUGCCCGCCUCCCGCGUUCCGUGGCACGUCUUCCAGGCCUACUACCAUGGCGGCCAGCCUCUGCUGCUCCGGCGCGCCUCGGACCUCUCGCAGUGGUCGUUCGCUGCCUGGACCCUCUCCAUCGCCUCCUCCGGCUCCACCGGCGCGGGAUCCGAGGCAGACCUCCUCCUCCGCUGCCCGACCAACAUCCUCUCGCAGCGCGGCAGCGCAGAGGCGGUCGCCGUCGAUGUCGCCGUCGCCGUCCGCCACAUAUUUGAGCCUCGCGGCGACGGGAACGCCUUUUGGCACGUCAAGCCGGACGGCGAGACCGCCCUCUUCGUCACCUCGGCGGGAGGGCGCACGCCGUUGCACCGCGACCACGGCGACAACGCGCUGCUGCACCUCCACGGCAGGAAGAGCGUGGUCCUCGUCGACCCGGCCGUGGCGGCGGAGCACGAGCCGCUCGUCCGCGAGCUCUUCGGCACGCCCGGCACGCACGAGGACCUCUUCGGCCCGGGCGACUUGCUGUACAUUCCCGACGGCUGGCUCCACGACGUGGAGAGCCGGACGCCGACAGUCUCGGCCGCGCUGCGAUUCGAGGUGGGUCGAGCCUUCUCUCCGGACCUUUUGGUGGCCGCCGGGUUGGACGCCAUGUGA